UUGACACGGUACUCUCUUCUUUGGUACUAUGCAACCUAUAGCGCUUCUCCAAAAUGGCGACCAGCAUGGACCAAGCAGCAGGUUGGGGAAUGGUUGGUUUAGCUGGUGCCAUCUUCUCAUACUACACUAUCUGGGUAAUCAUCUUGCCGUUUGUUGAUGUUAACCAGAAUAUUCACAAGUUCUUUCCACCCAGGAUGUAUGCUAUUGCUGGACCACUGAUUGCAGGAGUUGUUGCCCUUGUCCUUAUAGGUUCAUUUGUGAAAUAUUCAACUUUCAAAUCCAAACAGAAGAAAAGCAAGACACAAUGACAUCAUCAGUGUAAACUACAAAAUAUAAUGAUUAAAAGUUUGUUUUUC